UAACAACAAAAACCGCAACAGGCCGCCUCUCACCCUCGAUCCCCUUUUCUCAGGGCACAAACAGUUGCGACGGAGUGGUCUCCUGAAAGUUGAGAAUCAUGAGUAAGUUGCAGAGUGACGUUCUAAGAGAGGGCAUCUCCAAGAUAGUUGCUGAUGCUCGCGAGAAGAAUCGUAAGUUCACUGAGACCAUUGAGCUCCAGAUUGGACUCAAGAAUUAUGAUCCUCAGAAGGACAAGCGAUUCAGUGGGUCAGUGAAGCUACCGCAUAUCCCACGUCCGAAAAUGAAAGUCUGCAUGCUUGGAGAUGCUCAGCAUGUUGAAGAGGCACAGAGGAUAGGGCUAGAGUGGAUGGAUGUUGAAUCUUUGAAGAAAAUGAACAAGAACAAGAAGCUUGUCAAGAAGCUCGCAAAGAAAUAUCAUGCUUUUCUUGCAUCAGAAGCUGUCAUUAAGCAGAUUCCUCGUCUUCUUGGACCUGGUCUUAACAAGGCAGGAAAGUUUCCUACAUUGGUGACCCAUCAGGAAUCCUUGGAGUCUAAAGUUAAUGAAACCAAAGCAAUGGUUAAGUUUCAGCUCAAGAAAGUUCUUUGCAUGGGUGUUGCUGUUGGAAACCUUGGAAUGGAGGAAAAGCAGAUUUUUCAGAAUGUGCAACUCAGUGUCAACUUCCUGGUGUCAUUGUUGAAGAAGAAUUGGCAAAAUGUUCGAUGCUUGUACCUGAAGAGCACCAUGGGCAAGCCCUUUAGGGUGUUCUAAGCAGGAUUCAAAAACUUAAUCUGGAAUGGAGAUAUCUGAACUUUUCUUGAGAGUAACACCUAUCGUUUUACUGCACUUUUGAACUUGAUAAUUGUGGAAAGGAGAUGCCUGUGAUGUUUUCUGUUAGACUCGGUCUGUUAUUUUCUUAGUAGAGCUACAAUCCUGUCAAUUUUACUAUACCCUUUGCGACCUUUAUUGUCUACGAGAUGAGUUUUUGAGUGUUGGGUAUGGUAUCAGUACUAUGGCAAUAUAUGUUGAAUGUUUUUAGCAAAAGCGAUGGCUUGUCGAUAAAGUGUUGCUA